AUGGCCAUUGGCGGCACCCCAUCGGGAGCCGUGGAGGGGGGAGAGCAGAGGGCUCUCCCCAACUUAUUGGAUAAAAAUAAAGCUUUGAGUAUUCUGAGUUACCUUAGUGUUUUUCCUGAUCUUGGGCUUCAGAUAAUUACACUAUCAGAUUUGGAAUGUGACUACAUUAAUGCUAGAUCAUGCUGCUCAAAACUCAAUAAAUGGGUGGUCCCCGAGGUGAUUGGCCAUGCUGUUGUAACUGUAUUAAUGCUUAUUUCAUUGCACUGGUUCAUCUUUCUCCUUAAUUUGCCAGUAGCAACAUGGAAUAUAUAUAGGUACAUUAUGGUGCCAAGUGGAAACAUGGGGGUAUUUGAUCCCACAGAGAUCCAUAACCGAGGACAACUUAAAUCACACAUGAAGGAAGCCAUGAUUAAACUUGGCUUUCAUCUGCUCUGUUUCUUCAUGUACCUUUACAGUAUGAUUCUGGCUUUGAUAAAUGAUUGAGAAGUUGAAAAAGAACCAUUAGCUGCCAAAUUGGGUCAUCACUCCAGUGACUGGUGGAGCCACAGACACCUUCCGAACAUACCUAGAUCAGUGUCGUCAUGCAGUAUAUUUUUCCUCUUUGAACAAGAAAUAUUUUUCUGUAUUUUUAACAUAAAAUAUUUUCAAAAGACA